AUGUUUAUUGAGCUCAAUCCAGGCAUUGUGAGGCCUGAAAUACAAGCACCACAAUUUGAGCUCAAGCCAGUGAUGUUUCAAAUGCUCCAAACCGUGGGGCAACUCAGCGGGAUGCCAACUGAGGAUCCUCACUUCCAUCUCCGUUCAUUCUUGGAGUUUCUGAGGAAAUACUUUCCUCCUACUAGAAAUGCAAAAUUCAGAAGUGAGAUCAUGUCUUUUCGGCAACUUGAAGAUGAGUCUAAAAGUGAUGUGUGUGAGAGGUUUAAGGAACUUUUGCGAAAGUGUCCACAUCAUGGCAUUCCACAUUGUAUACAGAUGGAGACUUUUUAUAAUGGCUUGAAUGCAGCUUCUCGAAUGGUGUUAGAUGCAUCGGCCAAUGGUGCUAUUUUUUCGAAGUCUUACAACGAAGCAUUUGAGAUUUUGGAGACCAUUGCAAGUAACAACAACCAAUGGUCCAACACAAGAGCUCCAACAAAUAGAAAAGUGGCGAGGGUCCUUGAGGUAGAUGAAAUAACGGCUUUGACAGCUCAAAUGGCUUCCAUGACGAAUGUUUUGAAGAAUUUGAGCAUUGGGAACGCUAAAAAUAUUCAGCCAGCUGCUGCCAUUCAAAGUGAUGAUGUCUCAUGUGUGUUUUGUGGACAAGGGCAUGUGUUUGAGAAGUGUCCUUCUAAUCCGAAGUCCGUUUGUUACAUAGGAUUUCAGAAUUUUGACAAAAACAAUGGGGCAUUCUCAAACUCUUACAAUCAAGCAUGGAAGAAUCAUCCUAAUUUGUCUUCGGGGGGUCAAGGAGCAAGCUCAAGCACCCCACCAGCCCAAGGAAGACAAGCAUAUCCACCGGGUUUUUCACAACAAUCGCGACAUUCACAACAAGCUCAAAAUUCCCAACCGAGUUCUUUGGAGAGCCUAAUGCAAGAUUAUAUGGCCAAAAAUGAUGCGGUGAUACAAAGUCAAGCUGCCUCUCUUCGAAACCUUGAGUUACAACUUGGACAUUUGACCAAUGAAUUAAAAGCUAGGCCGCAAGGUUCUUUGCCUAGUGACACGGAAAAUCCAAGGAGGGAUGGGAAGGAACAAUGCAAAUCCAUUCAACUAAGGAGUGACAAGCAUCUGAAAAUUUCUGAGGAGGAAAUAAAGGGUAGUGGGGAGCCCACUUCAAUCCAAAUCGACGAAAAAUUGAGUAACAAAACUGCCCAGGAAAUUGCUGAUACCAGCCCAGUUGAUACAGCAAAGGGUCAGCAACCUGACAGUCAGCAAUCCGCACUACUCCAUAUCAAUAUUCCCUUGGUCGAAGCAUUGAAGCAAAUGCUGAAUUAUGUCAAGUUCUUAAAAGAUAUUUUGACGAAGAAAAGGAGGUUGGGGGAGUUUGAAACUGUAGCUCUCAUCGAAGGAUGCAACGCCAUGUUAAAAAGCAAGAUUCCACCGAAGUUGGAAGAUCCGGGCAGCUUCACGAUUCCAAUUUCUAUUGGGGGUCGAGAUGUUGGAAGAGCCCUUUGUGAUUUGGGAGCUAGUAUUAAUCUCAUGCCCAUGUCUAUUUUUAAGAAGUUGGGAAUUGGAGAAGCAAGGCCAACCAUCAUCAGUUUACAAUUAGCGGAUCGUUCCAUGGCUCAUCCGGAUGGAAAAAUUAAAGAUGUUUCGGCACAAGUAGAUAAGUUCAUCUUUCUGGCGGAUUUCAUUAUUCUUGACUAUGAGGAAGAUAGAGAAGUUCCAAUCAUUUUGGGGAGGCCAAUUCUUGCUACGGGAAGGACUUUGAUAGAUGUUGAAAAAGGAGAGCUCACCAUGAGAGCUCAAGAUGAGCAAGCCACAUUCAAGGUUUUCCAUCCCAUACGUGCUCCGGAUGCAAUAGGAGAAUGCUUAGCAAUUGGAGAUAUGGAUCCUAACAUGGUUGAGGAGUCCAAAUUCAAAGUUAGUAAGAAGGUGAGAAAGAAGAUUCCCCUUAAAGAAAUUGCUAAGGAUCACGAGGAACAAGAAAGCAAAGACAAAGCAUCAUUUGACCCUAAAAAUCACCCAAAAAGAAGAGAAAGAAAAAGAAGCUUAGUAGAAAAAUUCGGUCUCAAAUGUUUGAAGUUGGGCAACGAGUGA